AUGAAGCUGUUCGCGUUCGUGAGGCGCGCUCGCCGAACAUCGUCAGCGGCGAUGACACCGGAGCCGGUUCCGGUGGCGCUGGAGAACGCGACGGCGCCUGUGUCCGUUGCGGAGAAGCGGCGGCGGAGGCCCUCGUCGGGAUCGUCGUCGUGGAAGCCGACGCUGGUCGCCAUCUCCGAGGACGCUGCGGUGGCCGCCGCCAAGGCCGACGCCGGAAAGGCCAAGGGCAAGGCGAAAGGGAAGCCGGCGGCGGCCAAGGCCAAGGCGAGGGCGUCGCCUCGCGCGCUCCGGCCUGACUACGACGACUUCCGGCGCUUCGGGGCGCCCACGGUGCUGCCGGCGUUCGCGCCCACGGCGUUCCUCUUCUGA